UUCAUCCUGUUAAUAAUUAUGAUCCAUGGAAUUGUCUGGAUAGAAAAACAAAGAAUUUCAAUUUAAAUAUACAAAGGUGAGGAACAGUUUACAAGUUGCUGAGUCCAAUAAGUCAUUGAAUGGUGGUGUCCUUAAACAGUUGAAUUUAAUUUUGUGUUUCUAUUUCAAUUUCAAUUUACAUUUGUUGUGUUAAAGUUUAUUAAACAAUUAAUUUCAUUCAGUUGCCUCACUCUUAUCUUGUUAUUUGUAUCAUGUCUAUCUGCCAUCUUAUAACAAUCCUGUCCCUUGUCUUAAUGAUCCAAACUUCACAUCCAUUCAAACCACCGAAACACAAUAUAAUUUCAUACUACAAGACUGUGAAUAAUGUUUUCUUGACUAAUCCUGACAAUCACACAACAUCUUAUGGUAUUUAUGUGGCUGGUGAAACAAUAACAAUUGGUAUACCAAGUAGUGUGGCUAAUGUGUAUGACAUCCUCAAUUGGAAAGUGAUCAAUGUUGAUAAAGAUCGAUUACAGUUCGUCCAUGAUAACAAACCACAAAUCAUGAUUGAUCAAAAGUCUUUCAGGGGAAUUGAAUAUUCUGGUGAAUUAAGUGAUUCAACAAUAGCUUUUGGUGAUAAUGAAGUUCUUCAUGCUCCAUCCAUAUUCAAUCCAGAAUUAACUGAGCCAUCUUAUAAAUGGAAUUAUCUUGAAUUAUUGUAUUUCGAUGUUAAAAGUGAAAAAGUUUCAGUAAUUCGAUCCUUACCUUGGCAUAGAAAUGACGAUUGGAAGUUCAUUAUAGAAUGGAAAAUGAUGGAUUAUAUUCAUUUCGACGAUAAAUUGUACCUUCUAAUCAAGCGAAGUAUUUGGAACGAAAAGGCUGAAAAAUUUACUCAAGAUGUAUCAAUGGUACGAUUGUGUCUUGACAAAGGAAGGGAACUUAUUUCAAGUGCAGUUGAAGUUCAUUUCACUCAACCAGAGUUUCAGAAUAUUCAGAUAAUUGAAGCCAUUUCUAUUUACAGAACAAGUGUUAGUAAUGGUUAUAGAGUCGCAGACUGGCACGAUAGGAAACCUAGUUACGGAGAUGACCCAAACGGAAGAUAUAAUUUGUUUAUCACAUUAGAUACUCCGAAUCGAGAUCAAAUGCACUUUCAUACAGAAAUGUUCAAUGGCCAUGGUGAUGAUGUGUUCGACAUAGUGGAGAGAAUGUUUACCGCAGGUACAAAAUCAAGUGACCUCAACCUAUUACAAUACCAUUUACGAUCAGAAUCUAGUGAAUGCAAAAAAUCCAUCAAUCAACUUUGUUUUUCAGAUGAAAAUACCAUCCCUUCAUUUGAUGUGAAGGAAAAAACGACACUAGAUGUGAGUUAUUUGGAAUUUUCCAGAAAAAAACUCGAAAAUCAAAGUAAUACUGUGAAACAUCAAUCAAUUAUGUUUGGACAUCCAUUUAGCCGAUGGUUAUUUUUGCAUAUACAAACCCCUUUAUCUAAAUCUGGUUUGUAUACUAGCUUUCAUUGUGGAUUUUUUUCACCUGAUUUUGAUCGUUAUUACUGCCAGUCUAUUGAAGUAAUGGAGCAGAAAUGGAAGCGUUUGAAUAUUGAUGUUGAGCAACAAUUUUUCGUUAACCAGCGACCAUUUGGAGGUUUUUUCAUUGCUAAAAAGAGCCAUGAAAUAAUAUUUUUCAACUUUAAUUUAAUUUGUGUGGAAUUUAACAGUUGCAUUGAUUGUAUCAUGUAUGGUUACUAUUUUAAUUGUGUUUGGUCACAUGAAACUCCCACUCUUCCCAAGUGCAAAUAUGAUGAUCAACCUAAAGACAAAACUGCACUGACUGUCAACCAUUGCUUUAAAAUCAGACACUUUUCCUCUAGUACAAUAAUCAACUCAUCUGUACAACAAACUUCAUCCAUUCAACUUGAUACAGAUCCAUAUAUAAGGGAGUCAGAUAAAACUCUGACUAUCCAAGCUGGUUCAGAUAAUUACUGUACAAACAUCACAGAGCAUUUGAUGUUGAACGGACUCAAUGACUAUGAUAACAAACCACGAAUUGUGAUCGAUCAAAAGACUAUCGAAGAUAUGGAAUUUUCUGGUGAAUUAAGUGAUUCAAUAAUACCUUUUGGUGAUAAUGAAGCUUUUCAUUUUCCAUCAAUAUUCAAUCCAGAAUUAACUGAACCAUCUUACCAAUGGAAUUAUCUUGAAUUGUUGUAUUUUGGUGUUAAAAGUGCAAAAGUUUCAGUGAUUCGAUUUUUAUUUUGGCUUAAAGAUGACGAUUGCAAGUUGAUUAAGAAAUGGAAGAUGGCUGAUUAUAUUCAUUUCGACAUUAAAUUGUCCCUUCUAAUAAAUCGAAGUAUAUGGAAUGAAAAGGGUGCAAAUGUUACUCAAGAGAUAUCAAUAAUUCAAUUGUGUAUCAACCAAGGAAGUGAACUUAUUUCAAGUGCAGUUGAAGUUCAGCAUUCUAACCCAGAAUUUCAGAAUAGUCAGAUAACUGAAGCCACCUUUAAACUACUUGAUUUAGGUUUUUCUUACAGUUCUGUAUCUAAAUCUAAAUUGACUUCAAGUGGAAAUAGGUAUUAUGACUUUGAGCAUAUUGAUACAUUGAACCGGGAGUGGAAGGCUUUGAGUAAUGAUGUUCAGCAAAAAUUUUUCCUUAACCAGCGACCAGUUGGAGGUUUUUUCAUUACUAAAGCGCGCCAUGAAAUCAGGUUUUUCAAUUUUAAUUUCCUUUGUAAACAAAUGCGCGAUUGCUUUGAAUGUGUCAUGUUUGGUGUGUAUUUUAAUUGCGUAUGGUCUUCUCCUAUUCCACUUCACUAUAAGUGCAUAUAUGAUGAUAAACCUGUAAACAAGACCGCACUGACUAUCAAUAGUUACUUUAAAGUCACAUGCUAUUACCCUUCAAUAUUCAACUCUUCUGUUCAACAAACUUUAUCAAUUCAAUUUAGCACACCACUACAAAUAGACUAUUCAAAAGAAUCUUUGGUUGUCCAUGCUGGUCUAGAUAAUAAUUGUACGAACAUCACAAUGAACGAUCAUAACAUCCAAUGCUCUGUGAAUCAAUUGAAAUCGGGUAAAUCCAAUCCCGAAAUAAACUUGAUGAAUGACAAGAUUGCAGAUGCUGAAAUGAUCAGUGCUAUAUCUACUGGAAUGGUGCAUAUUAUUUUUCCAGAAAUUGACCAUGAUUAUUUAUUAACAAUCAUUACAUCAACAUCAAUGAUUAUUAUAUUAUCUUUAUGUUUCUAUUUAUGUUUCACUAGAAGUUUAGUCAACAAAAUAGAUCAACCUUUCUCUCGAUAUUCUGGAAUUAGAAAUGACACUUCAUGUAACAUUUCGAUGAAACUAGUCGGUCAAAACGAUUCAGAAUUAACAUUAGUUGACCAUAAACAACGAAUUGCGCUUUCAACAUCUCAUGCUAAAGUUAUCAAUCUUUUAUGUUUUUUGUUAAUUUUGGGUAUUUUACCAACGCUGAAUGCCUUUACAAAAGCACCAUUCAUCACUUGGAGAACUAGUGAAAAACCAACCAUCAUUGGCGAAAUUCAUCAUCAUAUUUUUAUUGCAAUGAAGUCACCCUGUCCGAAAAUAAGAUUAGAUAAAAGAGAUAUACCUGAUAGUCCCACAUAUGCUUCGUCUCAAGCCUAUUCCAUGAAUGAUAAUAGUAAAAAAGAUUAUUCGGUUGAAGACUACCCACCGCAUCAUGCUCCAUCCUACCCAGUGCCGCCGCCGUUUGCUCCAGACUACGAACCGCCGUCUGCUCCAAAAUACGAACCGCCUGUGCGUGGAUAUGCUCCUGUGCGUGGUGUCAAUGACAAUGCCUAUGCCGAAAAUGAUAAUAGUCAAAAUACUUUUUCGGAACCAGCCUACGAACUGCCUCCAGGCUACGAACCAAGCAAGGUUUAUGCUCCAGCCUACCAAGCCGCUCCUGACAACGGCAAUUGGCUUGCAGACUUUGAAAAUUUUCAAAAAAUUACUAAUCAAGUCUGUACGCAGACUACUGAAGACAUGGUUUAUGAAACUUUGAAAAAACUCUGUCCAACAAAACUAAGAAAAAAGAGAAGUUUUAAAGUGGUAAAGGAACUGAUUAUUGCUGUCUCUGCAAUCAUUGGUGUCAUAAGUCAAACCUUAGCUGCUAUCGAUCAUUACUUUAACAUACAGAAAAAUGAUGAAAUUGAUGAAAUUUGGGUUGAAUUAGACAAUCAAUUUAAAAAUGAUAAAGUCAUUGUAGAAGCUCUAAAGAAUUUAACUGAAAAUCAGCAAAAAAUCGCAAACGAGAUGAAAAACAUGCAACAAAGAUUUAAUAAAUAUUUCCAAUACUCUCCGCUUAGUAUUUUGACUACUUCAAAAACAAUGAUGGAACUCUCAGCAAUCAAACAAAAAUUAGACAUGAUAGAACCAGAUAUUCAAAAGAAAAGGUUAAACUCAAAUCUAUUGAAGAUGUUUAAUGUUACAUUGCCAUGUGGAGAUUCCUGUCCAUCCGAAUUAGCUAGAAAUUUUGAUUGUGAAUUUGAUAAUUUUGGUUCUGAAACACGUAAACUCAAACUAACAUUUGAAUCUGCUGUCAUUAAUAAAAAUAAUACCAUCUACAAAGCUGACCCUUUUCGGCUAAAUGAAUACAACGGCAGUCACUAUUGUACGAAAACUUAUGUUGGUCCUAAGUAUGUGUUUUGGCGUGAUUCAAUGAUCUGUCCUUUUGAACAAGAUGAUAUUGAAAACACAGAUAGUACAAUUUUGAAUCCGGAUGAUCAUGAUUGCUUUCAAAGUAAUAACAAUGAUUUAAAAGAUUAUUGGAAAACUGGAAAUUGUGUAGAAACCCUCAAGAAAAUUGAUAUUCAAGUCAAAAUCUCUAAAGAAGAGCUUUACAUAUACUGUUUCAACGAAAAUAUAACAGUAUUUGGUAUAACAAAAGCAUGUCCUAUCUAUCCUUUUCGAUUAGGAAGAGAUGUUAGUUUUAAAAUUGGUAAAAGAUCGUACGACGCAAGAUUAUUUCGUAUGACGGUUAAUACAUAUGAAACUCUUAAAAUCAAUCUCAUGCUUGACUCUGGAGUUGGUGACUUCAAUUUAAAACCUGUUUCUGUGAAUCUAACUACUGUUGAUUUCAUCCCAAAUCUGAGAGGAACUUCAAGUGAACCAUUAUACAUUCAGAUUGUCAUUGGUAUCCUCAUAAUCAUCUUAUUGGUUUGUGUUUACUGUUUAUGUCGAUCUAAAAAACCACAAUAUCACAGGUAUCUUCAACCUGGGCCAAAAAAUGUAGACAAUUCAUUGAUUUAAUAUCUAAGAUUCCGGUAAUAAAGAAAGAAGCAAAGAGAUUACCGGGUUAAUCAUUAGAUGUCUUUAAAUUCAGAUUUUUAUAUGUAAUCACACUCUAUUUGCCAUUCUUAUUCUGACAAGGAGGUACACGAUCUCAUGAAAUCUGGAUCAAACUCAAUCUUCUCGUAGACACAAGAAUGCCCAUUUGCAAGCUAUUCACAUGUUUUCCAUCAUUGGAAUAACAAAAUUUUUCUAUUGACCAUCUUCGGAUAGGAUAACUUCAUUAAACCCAUUCACAACAAGAAAAAGUCCAAGAAAAUGAUAAUUGGUUAAACAAGUUCAUUAACCAGCCAACCAUAUUUAGUAAUGGACAAAUAAUUUAGUGAAAUUAUCUGAUAUUAGUAAAUUUCAUUUCUUGAAACGUGAAUUUAUUUGAUAAAAUCUUGAAAUUGUUUAUCGAAAUUAAUGAUAAAUCUGAAAAUUUUAUUAUACGCUUAUUAUAAUAUUUACAUGCAUUUUACCAUUAGGAUGAGUUUUUAAUUAUUAUACUGUAUGUCUGUUAGCAUGUGAUCAAAUCACUCACCAAACCUGUAAAUUUUUAUAUUUCCUGAUGAGCAACUGUAAAUGGAUAAUAUUCGGACGUAAACGAAAAUUAAUCAAUUAAUUUAGCUGUUUACAUCAACUUAUAUAGAAUGCAACCUGUUAUUAGUUAUGAUCCAUGGCAUUGUCUGGAUAGAAAAACAAAGAAUUUCGAUUUUGUAGAAACAGAGUUUGCGCCAUGUCAAUUUACCAUCUUAUAACAAUCCUGUCACUUGCUUUACUGAUCCAAACUUCACAUCCAUUCAAAGCACCCAAAUAAAAUUUGAUUCCAUACUGCAAGACUGUGAUCAAUGUUUUCCUAACUAAACCUGAAAAUCACACAACAACUGUUGAUAUACCGAAUGAUGUGGCUAAUGUGUACGACAUCGUCAAUUGGAAAGUGGUCAUUGCAAGGAUCAAUCAAUGUUCGUCUAUAAUACAUACAUGUAACAUACCUCAAAUCAUGAUUGAUCAAAAAAGAAUCAAGAAAAUGAAUUAUUCUGGUGAAUUAAGUGAUUCAAUAAUACCUUUUGGUGGCGAUGAAGCUCUUCAUGUUCCAACAAUAUUCAAAGAUUCUUUAACUCCAUCACUGCAUGAAUGGAAUUAUUGAAUUGUUGUUUUUCGAUGUUAAAAAUGAAUCAGUUCGAGUUAUUGACUUCUUAUCUUGGCUCAAAUAUGACAAUUGGAAAUUCAUUGAGGAAUGGAAAAUGAUGGAUUAUAUUCAUUUCGACAAUAAAUUGUACCUUUUAAUUGAUAUACCAAGUAAUGUGCCUGACAUCGUCAAUUGGAAAGUGAUCAAUGUUGAUAAAUAUCGGUUAAUGUUCGUCCAUAAAAAUAAACCUCAAAUUCUGGUUGAUCAAAAGAGAAGCAAGAAAAUGGAAUAUUUUGGUGACUUGAGUGAUUCAGUUAUAUCUCUUGGUGAUAAUGAAAUUCUUCAUGUUCCAACAAUAUUCAAUCCAGAAUUAACAGAACCAGUUCAUAAAUGCAAUUAUAUUGUAUUGUUGUAUUUCAAUGUUAAAAAUGAAUCAGUUCGAGUUUUGACACAUUGCCUUGGCUUAAAGAUGAUGAUUGGAAGUUCAUUAAAGAAUGGAAAAUGUCUGAUUAUAUUCAUUUCGAAGAUAAAUUGUACAUUCUGAUUGAGCGAAGUAUUUGAAAUGAAAAUGUCUUACAAUCUCAAUCUUUUGCUCGAGAGAUAUCAAUAAUACGAUUGUGUCUUGACAAAUGAGGUGAACUAAUUUCGAGUGCAAUCAACAUUCAUUUAGCUCGACCAGAGUUUCAGAAUAGACGGAUAAUUGAAGUCAUUUUUAAAUUGUGUAGGAUGCACUUUCCUGUUAAUCAAUAUAACCCCGGAUUUUUCCAGGGUAGGAAACCGCAUAGCACUUCAAUGGAUCCAAAUAACAAAUAUGACUUGUUUAUCGUAUUUGAUGCAACAGAUAGAGCGCAAGUAUCGGUAGAUUAUGGGGUCAGUUACGAAAGAAUACAAGAAAAUCAAAGCCUUGCUGUUAAACAUCAAUCAAUAACAUUUGGACAUCCAUUUGGACGAUGGUUCUUUUUUCACAUCCAAAACCCUUUAUCUAAAUCUUCAUUGUCUAGUACCUGCUUUCCUGAUUCGUAUCUGCCAGUCUAUUGAAGCAAUGGGACAGAAAUGGAAGGAUUCGAAUAAUGAUGUUGAGCAACAAGUUUUCGUUAACCAACGCCCAUUUGGAGGUUUUUUCAUUACUAAAAAGAGCCAUGAAAUUAUAUUCUUCAAUUUCAAUCUAAUUUGUGCGGAAUUGAACAAUUGCCUCGAUUGUAUCAUGUACGGUUUCUAUUUCAAUUGUGUUUGGUCAGAUGCAUCCUCAACUCACCCCAAGUGCAUUCAUGAUGAUCAACCUAAACACAAGACUGCACCGACUGUUAAUCAUUGCUUUAAAAUCAUACACUUUUCACCUUCCGUGAUCUACUUAUCUCUACAACAAACUUUAUCCAUUCAACUUAAUACACCAAUGACGAUAAACAAUUCAGAAGAAUCUCUGUUUAUCCAUGUUGGUCCAGAUAACUUCUGUACAAACAUCACAAUGAAACAACUGUAGAUUCAAUGCUCGGUGAAUCCAUUGAAAUCGGGUAACUUCAAUAUUGAAAUAAACUUGAUGAAUGACAAGAUUACAGAUGCUACAAUGGUUAGUGCUGUAUCCACUAAAAUGGUUCAAAUCAUUGCUCCUGUAAGGAAAUAUACAGUGUCCACUGCUGACCCUAAUUAUAGACGCCCAUAUUUUAGCAAUUCAUUUGCAUCUUGAUCGCAAUAAUGCAUCAUCAAUAAUUUUUAUACCAUUGAAUCAUUGUAUUGUUUUCAUAUUUAUCUCUCUCUCUCUCUCUCUCUCUCUCUCUCUCUCUCUCUCUCUCUCUCUCUCUCUCUAUUUAUGUUCAUUUAUAGCUUGAAAAGGUGUGACAAGAAAAAUUAACUUGAUCACAAAUAGGCAACAAACAUCCAAGGAUUGUCCAAACAUUUCAACGAACAUGAAUAUCACCAAAAGUUUAUUUUAUUUUCUUUACUGUACUUUAUUAUACUUUAUUUUCACAUUUGUAAUCUUGUCGAUUAAAUUGUUUGGAUUCGUGAGCUUUUGGUUAAAUACAGUUAAGUUGAAAUAAGAUUUUAAAACCAAUACAAAACAUUGCUUUUCUUUAAGCUUAUUCCUUAUGAAAUCCUUAGAAUGAAGUAAAUUUUAAAUUAUACUUUGAACCAAACGUUUUACCUUUUUGUGUUAACUAGGGUUAUUCAAAGAUUUAAUGUUGAGUCAACAUCUAAUAGAGAUCGUGAAACUUGUUUUAUUUGUAAAACUUUCACAUUCGUUCAAGCUACCAAAACACAAUGUACUUUCCUAUUACAAGACAAUUAACAAUGUUUUCUUGACGAAUCCUUUCAAUCACACAACAUCUUAUGGUAUUUAUGUGGCUGGUCAAACAAUAACAAUUGAUAUUCCAAGUGAUAUUGUUAAUGUGUACGACAUCCUCAAUUGGAAAGUGGUCAAUGUUGUUAAGAAUCGAUUAAUGUUCGUCCAUAAUAACAAACCUCUAAUUUUGAUUGAUCAAAAGACUAUCAGAAGAAUGAAUCAUUCCAAUGGAUUGAGUGAUUCAAUAAUAGCUUUUGGUGAUAAUGAAGCUCUUCAUGUUCCAACAAUAUUCAAUCCUAAUCUAACAGGACCAGUUCCUAAAUGGAAUUAUAUUGAAUUGUUGCAUUUCGAUGAUGAAAAAGAAAAAGUUUCAGUGAUUCGAUCCUUACCUUGGCGUAAAAAUGACGAUUGGAAGUUCAUUAAGGAAUGGAAAAUGACUGAUUAUACUCAUUUCAACGAUAAAUUGUACCUUCUUAUAAAGCGAAGUAUAUGGAACGAAAAGGCUGCAAAGGUUACUCAGGAGAUAUCAAUAAUACGUAUGUGUCUUGACAAAGGAAGGGAACUUAUUUCGAGUGCAAUUGAGAUUCGUUAUACUUUACCAGACUUUUUCAUAGAAAUAAUUGAUUCAAAUUUCAAAUUAUAUCCUUAUCGGAACACCACAAACAGUUCUCAGAAUUUAACCCUGAACGUUAUCAGACAGUUCAACAGUACACAUUAUCAUGAAAGUGAACAUUCUAUUCCUCAGUUUGAGGAACUGUUUGAAAGAGGCGCAAAAAUAUGCGCCUCUGGAAAUGAAUCAAAUACUGUCACUUUGUUACAGAACCAUUUAAGGUUUGAGUCUAGUGAGUGCAAAAAAUCUACUCAUAAACUCUGUUCUUCGAAUGAUAAUUUCAUCCCUUCAUUUGAUAUAACUAACGAAGAAGCUGUCAUAGUUUCACCAAUAUAUUUUUUGGAAAACUACCAUCCAUUGAGUAAUAAAUAUCAAUUUGUUUCACUUCAACAUCCAUUUUAUCAAAUGUGGUCCAUCACUAUUGAUAAUAUGAAAAUGUUAGGUUCAUCUCACAUUUGCUACUCAUCUGAAAGUUUUCAUUAUUGCAAUUCGACAAACCAAGUUGAACUGCAAUAUUUUGUUAAUCAAAGACCAUUAGGAGGGUUUUUCGUAACUAAACUGACCAACCAAAUCAUUUUCGUUGAUAAAGCUGUCAAAUGUGAACAAUUGACAAGUUGUAUCUAUUGUAUCAUGUAUGGACUUUAUUUUAACUGUGUUUGGUCAAAUUCAAUUUGUACUUAUGAUGAUCAACCUAAAAAUAAGAUUCACCUGACUGUCGACCAUUGCUUUAAGAUCGUCCAGAUUUCACCUUUAAACUUUACCUCAUCUUCCAGCAAUUUCACAGUUGUACUUGAUGAAGCACUAGAUAUCACUAAACCUCAAGAGUAUCUAGUCAUCGAAGCUGGCUCACAUAAUCAUUGCACCAACGUUAAAAUUAAUGGAACAAUUAUUAAAUGCUCAAUGAAUCAAGCCGAUUCGGGUGAAUUCAAUGUUCAUGUCAACCUGAUGAGUGAUAAUUAUGUAGAUGUAGCUAUGAUUAGUGCUAAGUCUACUGACAAGGUUACCAUAUUUGCGUCUGGGAGUGAAUAUAUAUAUCCAUUGAUCGUGAUAAUAUUUUUAAUACUUUCAUAUAUCCUUCUAUGUUCAUUUUUAGUAAUGGCUUAUCUGAGAUGUAACGAAGAACUCAUUGAAAGGUUUAGAAAAUUUUUUAGAUUAAAAAAGGCAACGGAAUUUUUCGGUGCUAACAAAACUUUAACGCAAGUUAAAUCACAAAUAUUAUCCUCAACAAUGAAGUCGUUAACCGAUUCGACCUUUACAAAUGAACCAUCGACUAAAAUGGUUAAAUCUUGGACUACAAUGCCUUCUGUUUCUCAACAAUUGUAUAUAUCAAAACAAGUACACUAAUUAAAAUUAAAAUAAUCAAGAUU